UUCCUGGUAUCCGAGUGAGAGCGAGCUGUACCCUGGAAUAACAGGAAGCCUCGUCCAUAGCAUCCUGUUGCUCUGGGCUUUGUGGCUCGCCCGCUGGCCACCAUGAAGACGUUUGAUGCAAAUGAUUUGUAUCAGGGGCAGAAUUUUAACAAGGUCCUCAGUUCCCUAGUGACUCUAAAUAAAGUGACAGCAGACAUUGGACUGGGAAGUGACUCCGUGUGUACGCGGCCCUCAUCUCACCGGAUCAAGUCUUUUGAUUCCCUCGGAUCCCAGCCUUCACACAGCCGGACUUCAAAAUUGUUCCAGGGCCAGUAUCGAAGUCUGGACAUGACGGAUAACAGCAACAGUCAGCUGAUCGUCCGGGCGAAGUUCAAUUUCCAGCAGACCAACGAGGAUGAACUGUCCUUUUCAAAGGGGGACGUCAUCCAUGUCACGCGUGUGGAAGAAGGAGGCUGGUGGGAGGGCACGCACAACGGCAGGACGGGCUGGUUCCCCAGCAACUAUGUGCGCGAGAUCAAGCCCAGCGAGAAGCCUGUGUCUCCCAAGUCAGGAGCGCUGAAGAGCCCCCCCAAAGGAUUCGACACAGCCGCCAUCAGCAAGAGCUAUUACAACGUGGUGCUACAGAACAUUUUAGAAACAGAAAACGAGUAUUCUAAAGAACUGCAGACUAUGCUCUCCACCUACCUGCGGCCGUUACAGACCAGCGAGAAGUUGAGUUCGGCCCACACUGCACACCUGCUGGGGAACCUGGAGGAGAUCUGCUCCUUCCAGCAGACGCUCGUGCAGUCCCUAGAGGAGUGCACCAAGUUGCCUGAGGCUCAGCAGAGAGUUGGAGGCUGCUUCCUCACCCUGAUGCCCCAGAUGAAGACCUUGUACCUCGCCUAUUGUGCCAAUCACCCGUCGGCAGUGAGCGUCCUCACGGAGCACAGGUGCGUCCCCACACGCCGCAUGGAGCCCGGCAUCUGUGUUCCGAACGACAACUCGCACUGUGGCUAGCCCGCAGAAUCGCGGCUUCAGAAACGCGGCUAACGUGUGGGAAUUGUGCUUCGUGCGUGUAAGGGGAGGGGCUCUUCCGUGAAGGCUCCUGCUAGCCUGGAGCCCGCGGAAGGAGCCGUCGGUGACCGGGUGACGCGGCCGCAGCCGCGUGGCGGCCGCCGCAGUCUCCAGUCCGGUGGCUCAGGAGGCUGAGUUAGAGCACGCUUCCUGUUCCGAGUCGGGAGUGGGUGUUCGAAACUGGAGACCAGCAGCUUCAGCUUUCCCCCAAGCACGAUUCAAGCAGGGAAGAGAACGCAGACGCCUUGCUUGUUGGGAAGACAGGUGCGUGUCCUGUGGACUGGAGGAGGGCGUGGCCAGGUGCCUCGGUUCCCGGGCUGUGUCUCCUGGCUACCCAGUGGAGCGUGGGGUUGCUUUGGUGUGAAUGGGCACGUGGAUGGGAGGGCGUAGGCGUCUCAGUCUCAAGUGCUAAUAAAGGCACAAUAUUAUUAUUGGUUCAGAAAAAAUUAGGUAGUUUCUCCUGGGAAGAGCAGUUCAAAAAAUAUUAAGGCUGCAAAUGGAGAUGCCCAGGUCUCACACUAGGUGAUGGGCAGGUGUGAUGGACUGAGGUCAGGUGUCCAGGUCUCACACUAGGUGAUGGGCAGGUGUGAGGACUGAGGUCAGGUGUCCAGGUCUCACACUAGGUGAUGGACAGGUGUGAGGACUGAGGUCAGGUGUCCAGGUCUCACUGUAGGUGAUGGACAGGUGUGAGGACUGAGGUCAGGUGUCCAGGUCUCACACUAGGUGAUGGGCAGGUGUGAGGACUGAGGUCAGGUGUCCAGGUCUCACUGUAGGUGAUGGACAGGUGUGUGGACUGAGGUCAGGUGUCCAGGUCUCACACUAGGUGAUGGGCACGUGUGAGGACUGAGGUCAGGUGUCCAGGUCUCACACUAGGUGAUGGGCAGGUGUGUGGACUGAGGUCAGGUGUCCAGGUCUCACUGUAGGUGAUGGACAGGUGUGAGGACUGAGGUCAGGUGUCCAGAUCUCACACUAGGUGAUGGGCAGGUGUGUGGACUGAGGUCAGGUGUCCAGGUCUCACACUAGGUGAUGGACAGGUGUGAGGACUGAGGUCAGGUGUCCAGGUCUCACUCUAGGUGAUGGACAGGUGUGAGGACUGAGGUCAGGUGUCCAGGUCUCACACUAGGUGAUGGACAGGUGUGAGGACUGAGGUCAGGUGUCCAGGUCUCACACUAGGUGAUGGACAGGUGUGAGGACUGAGGUCAGGUGUCCAGGUCUCACUCUAGGUGAUGGACAGGUGUGAGGACUGAGGUCAGGUGUCCAGGUCUCACACUAGGUGAUGGACAGGUGUGAGGACUGAGGUCAGGUGUCCAGGUCUCACUGUAGGUGAUGGACAGGUGUGAGGACUGAGGUCAGGUGUCCAGGUCUCACUGUAGGUGACGGGCAGGUGUGUGGACUGAGGUCAGAUGUCCAGGUCUCACACUAGGUGAUGGACAGGUGUGAGGACUGAGGUCAGGUGUCCAGGUCUCACUGUAGGUGAUGGACAGGUGUGAGGACUGAGGUCAGGUGUCCAGGUCUCACUGUAGGUGACGGGCAGGUGUGAGGACUGAGGUCAGGUGUCCAGGUCUCACUGUAGGUGAUGGACAGGUGUGCGGACUGAGGUCAGGUGUCCAGGUCUCACACUAGGUGAUGGGCAGGUGUGAGGACUGAGGUCAGGUGUCCAGGUCUCACACUAGGUGAUGGACAGGUGUGUGGACUGAGGUCAGGUGUCCAGGUCUCACACUAGGUGAUGGACAGGUGUGAGGACUGAGGUCAGGUGUCCAGGUCUCACACUAGGUGAUGGACAGGUGUGAGGACUGAGGUCAGGUGUCCAGGUCUCACUGUAGGUGACGGACAGGUGUGAGGACUGAGGUCAGGUGUCCAGGUCUCACUGUAGGUGAUGGGCAGGUGUGAGGACUGAGGUCAGGUGUCCAGGUCUCACACUAGGUGAUGGACAGGUGUGAGGACUGAGGUCAGGUGUCCAGGUCUCACACUAGGUGAUGGGCAGGUGUGAGGACUGAGGUCAGGUGUCCAGGUCUCACUGUAGGU